AAUACUUAGUUUGUAAUUACUGACUGAUUACCUGAGGACUUUAACAGAAAGAGAUUUUUGUGAAGAUUUGCUUAAGAAUUGUCUGGUGGAAUACAAGGUGCCUUUAAGCAAGACUGUUUCACACCGGCCACCUUAAUUACGACAUAAGUCCAACUAAAAAUCCCUGUUAAUUAUUAAACUCUUAAGUAUUAUCUGGAUACCUGACACUGCAGAUUGAGAACAGACAGUGUUUGUCCCUGCUCUAUAUACAGAAAAAUGUAGUUACAGAGGUAAUAAAACCCUUUUCUCUUAUAAUUAGUAAAGAGAGCAGGGUAUCUUCUAUUUCGAUUGAAUAUUUACAGCCUAAACAAUUGGCUUACCUUGUUUGGGUUUCCUGCUUGCUUUAGCAUGGCAUUGCUUGGGAUUCACAGGAUCCUCCUUUUGGUUGUUUCGCUGAUGAAGUGUCUGGAAGGCACAAAACUGCUGGCCGACUUUAAAAAAUGUGGUGACUUGGAAUGUGAAACUUUAAUAAGCAGAGUCUUGGCCAUAAGAGAUUACAGAGGAACUGACUGCAGAUUCCUGAACUUCACCAAGGGAGAAGAGAUAUCUGUUUAUGUUAAACUUGCAGGAGAAAGAGAAGAUUUGUGGGCAGGAAGUAAAGGAAAGGACUUUGGAUAUUUUCCCAGAGAUGCAGUACAGAUUGAAGAGGUGUUCAUAUCCGAGGAAGUUAAAAUAUCAACUAAAGAAUCUGACUUUUUUUGUCUUCUUGAAGAAAGCUACACAUUUGAAAAUGAAAACAGUGAAUUAGAUAGUGACAACGGUGAAAAUAUAUAUUCCUAUGAAGAAGAUAAAGAACAAAUAUCUAGUGCUUAUGCAAGUGAUUUUCAGAUUGAAUCUGGAUUUUAUUCAAUUUCUGAAAGUACUUUGUUUGAACACCAGUUUCCAACAUCAGAGGCUCCGGAAGAUGUCAAAAUUACCAGUAAAUCAAAAGACUGGGAAGAAGUAGAAGCAGGAAGUAUAGCACAUGAUCCCAUUCCAGAGGUGGAUCACAACCCACCAUCUUCAGCUAUGCCUGAAGUGACAGGAUGGUUUGGAUUUGGAAUGGAACAAGCUGAAGAGCAGACUUUUGAAUCAGUUACUGAAUCUCUACAUGAAAACUCAUUUCAAAGUAGAAAAAUAGCAAUGGAAGAUGAGAAUUAUCUAGAGGAAUUAAAUGAUGAUGAGCCCCAAACAGAACAUAAGCAAAAACCUGAAUCAGAAUCUCAUUCAAUGCCACAGAAACAGCCUGAAUUAGUAUCUGAAUCAGAGCACAUUCACAAAACUCAAGCCACUGGUUGGUUUGGCGGUGGAUUUACAAGUUAUUUAGGUUUUGGAGGGGAGGAUACAGAGCUUGAAUUGUUGUCCCAAGAAAGCAAUCUAACACCACCAGAUGUUCCUAAUUCUGUAUCUUCUGAUGAAGAACCUACAGUUCCAUGUACAGAAACAUUAACAGAAAAAGAAGACACAAUCACUAAUGGCAGCUCAAUUUUCAUUCCAAAUUGGUUUGAUUUUGGUUUUGGUGUGCUAAGUCUUGCAUAUGCCAAUGAAGAUAAAAUUAAAUCAGAUGAUGAAAGAAAAGAAGGAGGUGAAGGAGACAAACAUGAACAUCCUCCAAUAAGUGAAUUUGACCUUGAUAAGGAACAAGGGAUAAAAAUAACAAAAACUAUGGAAACUGAAGAUCAAGUAGGCAAAGAAAAUGUUUUAGAGAAAAUAGAUGAUUCUGUUACCUUACCAUAUUUUCAAAAGUUCUUGAAUAAUUUUGACAACCCUUGGAACUUCCAGAACACUCCCAAGAAAGCAGAAUUACCAUUUUCUGAACACGUACCAGAUGAAAAUAAUGUAGCUGAAAAUGAUGAAACAGAAUUAUUUUCAGCUGAAAGUUAUCCCACAGAUGAUAAGAAAAUUAUGAUGCUAAAAAGCAGAUACAGUAAGUCAGGUACAGGCUCUGAUAUAGAAUUACCUAAUAGAGUUCAUGAAGAAGCACAUUUCAAAAAUCCUUCUAAAAAUCAUGGUGAAAUAUCAAAAACAUCAGUGUAUACUGAAGCAUCUACUCAAGUGGAAAAUGACAGAUCUAUGGAAAAUAACUUGCUAAGCAAUCAGAUGUUUUCAGGUGAUGACUCUUUGUCUUCUCAAAACUACAUUGCUCAAAAAGAAGACGCUUCCGAGUAUCAGAUUCUGAAGUAUUUAUUUCAAUGGGAUGUUUAUGAUUACAUGAACUCUGCAUUUUCACUAAUUUUAAUUCUGGCAGAAAAGGUUGUUGCAGCUUUGCCUGAAGAUAUGAGGCCAGGUCCUACUCCCUAUGGUUUUCCAUGGGAAUUGGUGAUAUGUGCAACUUUUGUUGGAUUGUUUGCUGUUCUCUUGUUUUUAUGGAGAAGUUUUCGAUCAGUUAGAAGCCGAUUUUAUAUGGGAAGAGAGAAAAAGCUUGCUGUAGAACUUUCUACACUAAUUGAAGAAAAAUGUAAACUACUUGAAAAAUUGAGCCUUGUCCAAAAAGAGUAUAACGGCUUAGAGUCAUCUGUAAAGGAUGCUGACUUUGAGAAAGAGUCAACAGAUGCCCAAACCUUGGAGGCAAUGUACGAAAAGUUGAACAGUUCUAAAUCUGAACUUGAAGAUGAAAUACUUUCUCUAGAAAAAGAGUUAGAGGAAGAGAAGUUAAAACAUUCUGAACAAGACAAAUUGAUGGUGGAUAUUUCCCAAAAGAUACAAUCCCUAGAAGAUGAAUCAAAAUCCCUCAAAUCACAAGUAGCUGAAGCCAAAACAACCUUAAAAAUAUUUCAAAUGAAUGAAGAACGACUUAAGAUAGCUAUAAAAGAUGGAAUGAAUGAAAAUUCCCAACUUCAGGAAACACAGCAACAGUUUUUACAAGAAGUUGAAGAAUGGAAAGAACAAGUGAGUGAACUUAAUAAACAGAAAAUAGCAUUUGAAGUCUCCAAAGUAGAUGUGGAACAAGUUCUUUAUGAUAAAGAAAAUCAGAUAAAGUCCCUUACUGAACGCUUGCUAAAGAUGAAAGACUGGGCUACUGUGCUUGGAGAAGACAUAACAGAUGAUGAUAACUUAGAAAUGAACAAUGAAUUAGAAAAUGAUAAUCAGCCAAAAGGAGCUUUGAAGAAACUGAUUGAUGCUGCUAAGUUAAAUGCUUCUUUAAAAACCUUAGAAGGAGAAAGAAACCAAAUUUAUACUCAGUUAUCUGAAGUAGAAAAAGCAAAGGAAGAGCUUACAGAGCGUAUAAAAACUCUCCAGACUGAACAAGAAUCUCUACAGUCAGAAAAUGCACAGUUUGAAAGUGAGACUCAAAAACUUCAGCAGAAACUUAAAGUAAUGACUGAACUGUAUCAAGAAAAUGAAAUGACACUUCACAGGAAACUUACAGUAGAGGAAAAUUACCGAUUAGAGAAAGAGGAGAAACUUUCCAAAGCAGAUGAAAAGAUCACCUAUGCAGCUGAAGAACUGGAAACCUAUAGAAAGCGUGCCAAAGAUCUUGAAGAAGAAUUGGAAAGAACCGUACAUUCUUAUCAAGGGCAGAUUAUUUCCCAUGAGAAAAAAGCACAUGAUAAUUGGUUGGCAGCUCGGACCGCUGAAAGAAAUCUCAAUGAGUUAAGGAAAGAAAAUGCUCACAACAGACAAAAAUUAACUGAAACAGAGUUUAAAUUUGAACUUUUAGAAAAAGAUCCCUAUGCACUUGAUGUUCCAAAUACAGCAUUUGGCAGAGAGCAUUCCCCAUAUGGUCCCUCACCAUUGGGUCGACCUUCAUCUGAAACGAGAGCUUUUCUCUCCCCUCCAACUUUGUUGGAGGGUCCACUCAGACUCUCACCUUUGCUUCCAGGGGGAGGAGGAAGAGGCUCAAGAGGCCCUGGGAAUCCUCUGGACCAUCAGAUUCCCAAUGAAAGAGGAGAAUCAAGCUGUGAUAGGCUAACUGAUCCUCAUAGAGCACCGUCUGACACUGGGUCCCUCUCACCUCCAUGGGAACAGGAUCGUAGGAUGAUGAUCCCUCCUUCCGGCCAACCAUAUCCUGAUCCAGCUUUUCCUCCACAAAGGCAAGACAGAUUUUAUACAAAUUCUGGCAGACUAUCUGGACCUGCAGAACUCAGAAGUUUUAAUAUGCCAUCUCUGGAUAAAGUAGAUGGACCAUUGGAAAUGGAAUCCAAUAGAAUUGAUAGCAGAGAAGAUCUCAGUAAUUUAAAUGUGUCAGAAUCAUCUCUCCCUGCUGAAAGUGAAGCAACCGGCCCUGGUUUUGUCCCCCCACCGAUUCAUCCAGUCAGAGGUCCAUUGUUUCCAGUGGACACAAGGGGCCCGUUCAUGAGAAGAGGUCCUCCUUUUCCUCCGCCUCCUCCAGGAAGCAUGUAUGGAACUCCCCGAGAUUAUUUUCCUCCAAGGGAUUUCCCUGGCCCACCACCUCCUUCAUUUGCAAUGAGAAAUGUCUAUUCAUCAAGAGGUUUCCCUCCUUUUCUACCCCCAAGAGCUGGAUAUUUUCCCUCACCUCCCCCACAUCCUGAAAGUAGAAGUGAGUUUCCUUCAGAGUCGAUUCUGCCUUCAAAUGAGCCUACUACUGAAAAUGCAGAACCACAAGAAACUUGACAAAAUUUUUAGUCCUCUUCAAAAGUAAUUUUGACUUCUCUCAUUUUCAGUUUAAGUAACUGUUGUUACUUAAGUGAUUAUACUUUUGCUCAAAUUGAAGCUUCAUGAAAUUAUAAUUCUCAGGAUAGUAUUUUGUAAAUAAAGAUGAUUUAAAUAUGAAUCUUAUGAGUAAAUUAUUUCCUUUUUAUUUUAUUCUAGAUAGUGUAAUUAUUUUAAUUUGAGUAACAGAGCCACUAUCACAUAAAUAAUAAUGGGAGUUUUAUAUAUGCAAUCUUGCAGGUAUGUUUUAAACACCAAAGGCUGUGUUUAUGCCAAGAACUGUAUUUACUAUGACUGUAGACAAUUGUGAAAGUAACUAUGUUUAAUUAAAUAAAUUUUAAUUCAUUUAAAGACUUGUUUGGCAUUGAUAAUAAUAAGAUCAGCUAGUUUUUCCAUAUGGUUCCAUUAGUUUUUU